AGCUUCUGCGCCUCGUCGAAGCCCAGGCGCUGCGACACACACAUGUACUAAGCAUGAGCCGAGCCAUCCACGGGCUGUGUCUGGUGUGCGAGGGAUGAUUUGUUCUGUUUUGUCUGUGGUCUGCCUCGCUGCCUGUGUGGUGCGCAUACCCUGGCUGGAAACGUCUUCAUGCGACGUUUGCCGCUCUGGUCGUCAGUGAAGUUGACACGCCACUCCUGCACACGACCACACCAGAACGGACAGAGUGAGUGAUUGCCGUCACGUCUGUGUGUGUGUGUGUGUGUCGGAUGGGUUACCUCUCUGGGCGGCCAGUAGUAGACCCCCCGUAUCUGCGAAGUGGGGCAGUCGGGGUUGGUGCCUCUGCUUGGUGCCUCUGCCACGCCAUUCGCAGAGGCAGGGUGCCGGUGCUGGUAGAGGCGGAUGUGGGCGAGGGCCGUCCGUGCGUCGGUGAAGCGGACGGAGUCGUCCAGUGGCGAUGGGUUGAGGAGCAGCAUCUCCAGAGAGCACACGGCGGCGAACAGGCCGCCAUGCAGCAGAGAGUUGAAGCGCACGUCUAGGCUGGACACCUGAAGAGCAAGGGAGCCACGCAUCCCAUCGGUACGUGGACAGACACACUCUGUUGCGGCCCUCUCCUGACCUUAUUGAUGAGACUUCGGAAGGUGGCCACGUAGAGCACGGCGCCCUCAUACAACGCCCUUUGAAUCUCCGCAGAGGAGUCGCUCUUGACAUCCCCACCGAUGCACCGCUCCACACCAUCCGCCCAUACCGACCCGUCCCCUCAGCCAAUCAGUCAGUCAGCCAACUGGCCAUCCAUCACCCGUGAGAUAAGCACAU